GCAGCCCCUCCCACGGCAGGGCCCUGCUAUAUAAGGUCUCCGGAGAGGAGGGGCCCCACUGCUCCCACACAGCACCCGGCAUGAAGACAGUCCUGCUGCUCCUUGUCGCCCUGGCCGUGGCCACGGCGCCAGCUCUGGCCCUGCGCUGCCACGUGUGUUCCAGCACCACCAACUGCAAGCAGCCCCAGCCCUGCUCCAGCAGCGCCCGCUACUGCAGAACCAUGACCAGAGUGGAGCCGCUGUCAGGGAACCUGGUGACCAAGGACUGCGUGGAGUCCUGCACCGCCUCGCACACCAUGCAGGGCCAGGUCAGCAGCGGCACCACGGCCACCUACUGCUGCCAGGGCGACCUGUGCAACGAGAGGCUGAACAGUGCCGCGCCCGGCCGUGCCUGGCAUGGCAGCGCCCUCCUCGGCCCCGCACUGGCCCUCGGCCUCCUCGCCCUGCUCUGGGCCCCCAACCUGUGACCCAGCCCCCUCCCCCCUUUCCCGGGGUGUCCACAGCCCCCUCCGUCACCGUGAGUGGGUGCUGGCCGCCCUCCCCUGGAAGACCCCAGGACUCUGGGACCAGGACCUGGAGAGCAGCCCCUGCCCCGGGACAAGAGGAGGCAGCCCCCGCCCCACCCCCACCCCCAGCCGCCUGGAGAGUGGGGGACCCAGUCAUCCUGUUAGGUUUCUCUUUAUUUUUUCUACUUGAAACUUCACGGAAAUAAAUGAUGUUAAACCGG